CUUUCUCUCUCUCUCCCUCUCUCCCCACCCCUAAACCAAAAAGACAGGGAUAGUUGUCUUAUUAUUAGUGACUUAAAUGAUGCUUUUGAACAAGAAGAUGCUGGGUACUUUUGGUGACUAGCACCAUCCCACUUUUUUUUCUUUUAAAUCCCUGAGCUAUUGUUUACUAGUACACUCUUUUAUUCCUAUGUCUACUAAAGCUGAAUGUUACUUGGGUGGAAAGCCUAAUUGCUUUCUUUUCUAGGUCCUUAAACCCUUUGCUAAUGUUUCUGUCUGAGAGUUCCCAAAGCCAGGGUUCUAGGAGAGUUUGGCAUGUCUGAACAGCUGAACCACAAAAUAAUGGAGUAGGUCCGGCGGGGUGUGGGAGCAGGGCAUUCUGUCAAUAAAAGAGCUCCCCUCUCUGCACACAUGGCCAGUUAAUUGGCCAUUCUGGGAAAGGAUGGAUGGGGAGGGGGGCUUCUGAGAAUCGCCGGUGACAGUUAAGUGGCCUUUUGUUGACGUCCUCUGCUGAACAACUUUGUUGGAUUUAGUCUCUGCUUUUCCUCGGCCUCCUGUGGAUUUUCUGUUAGAUUCAUUUACCAUUCAGGCAUCAUCUUUCACUCUCUCCUUCCAAUAUGACUGCUUUGUGUGCUGGCCUCGGCUUUAUUCCCGCUCUUCCCAGAUCAUAAAGGGGGCUGUGUGGGGCUUCGGCAGGACCGAGAAAUUGACUCUGCUGUCUGUCGAGAACCAUAAUGAUCGCACGGAGCUUGGUGUCUAGCAGAAAAUGCACUACCUGCACCAGCCUACUGGCGACCGGCUGAAGAUCGAGGCUUGGCCAAGCCAGUUCACCCAAGUUGUCUCAUCUAAUACCCCCCCAAACCCCUGUGAGGCCGGGCCUGCCGGCCUUUAGGUGCCGCGUUGUUUUGAGGCCUCGGCCAUGCCUGCCCACGAGGAAGGCCCCUGAAGCUCGCCUGAAGGAAGAAGCAUGCAGGGCGCCCCUGGAGGAGGCGUGGGCCCUGGCCCGUCCCCUGUGGACAGGUGGAUGCUCCUGGUCUUCAGCUUUAUUCUGGCAGCAGCUUUGGGCCAAAUGAAUUUCACAGGAGACCAGGUUCUUCGAGUCCUGGCUAAAAAUGAGAAGCAGCUUUCAGUUCUCAGGGACCUGGAGGGCCUGAAGCCCCAGAAGGUGGACUUCUGGCGUAACCCAGCCAGGCCCAGCCUCCCUGUGGAUAUGAGAGUUCCUUUCUCGGAACUGAAAGACAUCAAAGCUUACCUGGAGUCUCACGGCCUUGCUUACAGCAUCAUGAUAAAGGACAUCCAGGUGCUGCUGGAUGAGGAGAGAGAAGCCAUGGCAAAGUCCCGCCGGCUGGAGCGCAGCACCAGUAGCUUCAGCUACUCCUCUUACCACACCCUGGAGGAGAUAUAUAGCUGGAUUGACAACUUUGUAACUGAGUAUUCAGAUAUUGUCUCAAAAAUUCGGAUUGGCCACAGCUUUGAAAAUCGGUCCAUUCUUGUCCUGAAGUUCAGCACUGGAGGUUCUCAGCGCCGGGCCAUCUGGAUCGACACUGGAAUCCACUCCCGGGAGUGGAUCACCCACGCCACUGGCAUCUGGACUGCCAAGAAGAUUGUCAGUGAAUAUGGCAAAGACAGCACCCUGACAAACAUACUGAAUGCCAUGGACAUCUUCAUGGAGAUUGUCACCAACCCUGAUGGGUUUGCAUUUACCCACAGCAUGAACCGCCUGUGGAGGAAGAACAAGUCCACCAGACCUGGAGUCUUCUGCAUUGGUGUGGAUCUUAACAGGAACUGGAAGUCAGGCUUUGGAGGAAAUGGUUCUAAUGACAACCCCUGCUCAGAGACUUAUCGUGGGCCCUCCCCUCAGUCGGAGCCUGAGGUGGCGGCCAUUGUGGACUUCAUCACUGCCCAUGGGAACAUCAAGGCUCUGAUCUCCAUUCACAGCUACUCUCAGAUGAUCAUGUACCCUUAUGGCCACUCACUGGAGCCGGUUCCAAACCAGAAGGAGUUGUACAAUCUUGCCAAGGACGCAGUGCAGGCCCUGUAUGAGGUCCACGGGAUCGAGUACAUUUAUGGCAGCAUCAGCACCACCCUCUAUGUGGCCAGCGGGAUCACUGUCGACUGGGCCUAUGACAGUGGCAUCAAGUACUCCUUCACCUUCGAGCUCCGGGACACGGGGAGCUAUGGCUUCCUGCUGCCGGCCUCCCAGAUCGUCCCCACGGCCCAGGAGACGUGGCUGGCGCUUCGCGCCAUCAUGGAGCACACCCUGAAUCACCCCUACUAGCAACACCACUCAGGGCAGAGCAGGAGCAUUCAUUCCCUUCCCCAAGGCCUGGGGCUCCUCCUGAAACCCAAGUGAUACAUGGUCCUCCCCACACCCUUACCCUGACCCCUUAGGAAAUAAAUAACAAGUUUGAACAGGC